AUGCAAAGUUUAGAGGGGAACUCGCUAACCCACUUCAUUAACAAUAUAAAUGCAGGAACAGAACUAGCUCAAGGUGCAAUGCGUAGGGAUAAUAGCUUGUUUUACUUCAGAAUGGCUGAUUUAGAAGUCAUCGACUCCUCAAGGAAAAAAAACAUUAGGCAACAACCAUCAGUGCCAUUUCUCUGGGAAGAAAGGCCGGGAGUAGCUAAAAAAGACUGGAAACCUGGGGUUUCCUCGGUUACAUCAGUUCAACUACCUCCUCUCAAGCUCAUCGCCUCUGUACCCUUCGACUGGGAGGAAAAGCCUGGGAAACCACUAUCCUGUUUCUCACCAUCACCAGUAUCACCGUUUACAUCCUCACCAGCAAAUCUCCUUGCUUUACCAUGGCACGGUAUGUGCUCUCGAGGUGAUGACACUCACAAGCAUGAGGUUGAUGAUAUUGGCGAGGAGAAUUUUGGAGAUGAGCAAGUAAUUUUUAACUCAGAUCUUGAAUCAUUCAGUUUCGAGACCGAUGAUUCAUUUAGCUCAGCGUCGUCUCUCUUAGCUAAUUGCUUGGUUUCAUCAGAGGCGAUUUCUACUGCUGUUCCAGCGCAAACAACUUCUCCAACAGAUGAUAUCAAUGGCCAGUUGGAAACCGCAUCAUCGCCAACUUCUGAAACUGAUAGCAGCACAAGCAGCUAUGCCACUGGCGUAUCAAGUCUUGAGGGGGCUGCAUUCUUGGAAUGUCUCUUCCCAUUAUAUACACCCAAAUCUAGUUUUCUUGGAAAGGCUUCCCACCCCAGUAAGGAACCUUUUACUCCAGACCUAAACAGCAGAGAUUUUGAUUAUGAACAUAAUAGCAGUGUCAUGAUAAGGAAACCUCUAACACUUGGUGAACUAAUAAUGAUGAGCCGAAGGAGGAGUUGCCAGAGAAAAGCUGUUCAAAUGAGAAAACAGAAUCCAUCAAUGGUAAAUGUCCAAUUCUUGCUUCUCUAUCACUGUCAUCCAUACCUAAAAGUCUAA